AUGUCGAACUUCCUGCGGCAGACCCUCGCCCUCGAGGAGAACGGAAUCUAUCUCGAUGAGAAGCACCCACAUCGCGAAAACCAUCUUUCGCCAGAGCAUGCGAGAGGGUCAUCCACACUCCCCCAGCAUAUGGGGAUCAGGCCGGGCAAUAAAUUCUUGAGAGUGUGCCAGCUCAUUUUCGUACCUUCGUUUCUACGUUCGAGCACGAAAUCGGCUAGCCGACCAAAUGCCGGCCUCAUGGCUCUCGACGGCCUACGUGGGUUAGCCUGCCUGGCAGUCGUCAAUCAACGUAUGUCUCUACCUGUCUCUCAUGACCAGAAUCUGCCACAGACAAUGCCGGAGGUCACUUUCAAGGUGAAUGUACAAAUGCUGAUUUCAUUCCGUGUUCUUGCAGACUACACCUCUACCUUUACCGCUCGCAUCUAUCACUUUGGCUGGGGCACAUAUCCCCAGGAUAAGAACCUCGCACAAUUUCCGUUUGUGAAGAUUCUGUGGUCUGGUUCCGCCCAGGUCUUCACGUUUUUCGUUCUUUCAGGCUACGUCUUGUCCUACAAGCCCAUCAAGCAGAUGCGAAACCGUUCUUCGCAGGUCCAGAAGACGCUUUCAUCAUCGAUAUUUCGGCGUGGCAUGCGUUUAUUCAUUCCCGCCUUUGCGAUGGUGGCUAUCAUCGCCGUGGCAGCACAAGUUGGCAUUUACAAGUGGGCACAGGCGGCCGCGGAGCAGGGGCUUAUGGAUCACUUGGAGAACAUUCCACCACAGCAGCCGAACAUAUGGUACAUGUUCAACACCAUCUGGAACGACUUUGCGACGAUGACGAACAUCACGAAUUGGGGCUAUGUUCAGCCCAGCCUGCAUCCCCACCUCUGGACGAUCAUCAUCGAGUUCCGAGUCUCUAUGCUACUGUACCUUGUACAGACCGGAACAGCCCGUCUGAAAAGCUGGGCAAGAGUACUCGUUGCCGGAUACAUGUUCUUCUGGUUCUCCAACACGCUGACACCAGUGGGCUCACAGACAGCGCUCUUCUUCGCCGGUAUGAUACUCGCUGAGGCUGACUUGGCAUUGCUCGCCUUCCGGGAAAGUCAUUCGGCGCCCAGCACAGGCACAUAUGUGGCAUGGGACCCCAACCGUCGCCCUCUGUCUACGGCCGAUCAUAUCGCCCGUCUUACGGACCCUAAGAGCAUCUACUGGCGGGCUUUCCACAUAGUCGUGUUUCUCGUGGGCAUGUUCUUCCUGAGCUGCCCGUACAACGGCUCCGAAGUGACGCCCGUCUAUCGAGUCCUGGUUGCGUGGUUGAACCCUUCCUGGUAUAAGGCCCUCGAGCAUUCCUACUGGCUAUGGAGCGUCGGUGCGAUGUGCUUGCUUAGCUCCGCGGCGCACUCCUGCGACAUCCAAUGGAUCUAUACCAACUCUUUCUCUCAAUACGCCGGGAAGGUGUCGUUUGCAUUAUACCUCGCCCACGGACCGGUGCUGCAUUGUGUCGAAUACAGCAUGCUUCCUUUCUUGGCGGCGAUCACAGAGCCUCUAGGCGGGCGAGAGACGCAGCUGGGCUUUUUGUUGCAGUGGAUCAUGGGCGCGAUCGUCUCGAUACCCAUCGUGUUCUAUUUCGCGGACAUGGUCUACCGCCUGCUGGAUGUGCCAUCCGUGCAGUUUGCGAGAUGGUGCGAGGAGAAGUUCGAGGAGGCAGCGUGGCAGGUCAGCUCGUCCCCACGGACGAAAGGUUGA